GGGUGCUAAAAUAGAUAAAGGUGCAUCAAUAUAUCUAUUUUAAGGGGUGCAUUAUAGAAUUUCCAUUAAUUAUUUAUUAAAUAAAAAAAUAUGAUAAAAUAUUUCACUUUCUACUGCAAUUUUCUCUUCUUUCUUUCUCAAACUCACUCAAAAACCCUUAAACCCCUCUUUCUCUCUCUCUUCUUCUGCGGCUCCAUCUCUGCACGGCUAUCAGUUUCUCUUUGUUUUGAUUGGAAAAAUUUCAGAAACGGUUAUUAGAUUGUUUGAGCUGAAUGGGUCAUACUUCAGCGAAGAGAAAGGCAGGGAAUGGAAUGGCAGCAAAGAGAAAGGCAGGGAAUGGAAAGGCAGCGAAGAGAAAGGCAGGGAAUGGAAAGGCAGCCAAGGGAAGGAGUGUCCAAAUUGGGAGUACAACUAGUCAGGAGUGUAGUCAUGAAAACACUGAUGUUAGGCUGCAGAGGCGACUAAAGAGAAGAUGCACUGAUCACCAAAGUUUCAACCAAAACUCUAACAGCAACGCAACAAGUGCCCGGUUAGGGAGCUUAGGAUCUGGUGAUAAUGACUCUGACUUGAGGUCGGAGAGGCGUUUGAGGAGAGAAAGAAUGAGUAACCAAUGUUACAACCCAAAAUCUCGCAGCAAAGCUUCAAAGGCAAUCAAAAAUAACAUAGCUGGAGAAAAAUCAGAGCUUUUGAAACCUCCUAGUUUUUCAAACAUUAGAAGUAAGCAUGGUGAUUAUGAUCAUAUUGAUAAUGAUAAUGAUGUUGCUGCUCCGUCUGAUGAAGAGGACGUGUAUGAUCCUGUGCAUAUCAAGUUCUUGGAAAGUUUGAGGCGAAAUGGAAACUCAUAUUCAGCUGAGUUUGUUGAUGAGAAUGGUGUGACUAAGCUGAUCGACUAUGACGUAGAAGAGGACAUGCGUCCUAGUAUGAGAUUUGGCUCUGAAAAUCAACUUAUGGCUUUUGGUGAAGAUGUUGAUGAAGAUCAUUUAGAAGAUGUUGAUGAAGAUCAUUUAGAAGCUGUUGAUGAAGAUGAUUCAAAAGAUGUUGAUGAAGAAUACCUUUUAACUUCUUCAAAUAAUGAGGAUUCUUAUAUAACACCUGUUUCAAGGGACAAAGAAGAUAAAACAGAUUAUUGCAUUAAGUGGAAACCUUGUGAACCAAGUGUACAUUCUAAUCUAGAACAUGGUGGAACAAGUGGUAAUUCUAAUUUGAAACAUGGUUUAGAUGCUGAUUCUGAACAGGAAGAUGAAGAAAUUGAGUAUCUCAAAUAUCUGGAUACUAUUGAUGAUUAUGAGAAUACAAUGCCAAAAAAAUCUGACAAAGUUGAGGAGAUUCAAGGGGGUGAAUCCAACCAGGAAGAUGAAGGUGAUGGUAUAUGCGAAGACUAUCAUGCUUAUUUGGAUUUCCUGGAAAAAGAAGGUGAAGAAACUAUGUUUGACGUCAAUGGUAGUACAAAGAGACUUGAGGAGGAUGAGGAUGAGGAUGAUGAUUUGCAAAUACUUACAACAGAUAAGAACCCUUGUGUUGUCAUAGAUGUAGACAACUCUAGUUUAGCUAAAGAUGGCAUCAGAAGUCAAUCCCAAUCCCGGUUUAGGAAGGAGCUCUUGGAUAUAUUGAAAAGUCCUUAUGACCAACAACAACAUACAGAGCUUAAGGAAGAAGUAUCUUGUCACAGGCCCAAAAGUAAAAACAUAAAUUUGCGGGGCAAAACAAAAUCAUGUCCUUUGGAAGACAGCUUUGGAAAAUCGUAUCUUGAAAUACAUAAAGAUUUUGCAGAGCAGAUGAAGCUAGCCAAAGAUGAUGAUCUUAAAAGUCUAAAUCUAUUAAGAGGAUUCUUUCACUGGUUGAAGAAUGUGGCCGAUGACAUUGUAGCCCCUUGGAAAGAUCCAUCACUAUUGAAAGUGUUACCAGGAAACUGACCGGAAGAUCAUCUUCCGACACAGUUCUUACUCGGUUCAAGCUUUUAUGAUACACUAGAAAGUAGGCUAUGACUAACAAAAAGGUUUAGGCUCCCCUUUUUAUUAGUGACAAAAUUAUGGAAGCAUGGUUGGAAAGAGAUUGAUCUAGUUUUGACUGCAUUUUCUCUUGUCAAUCUUUUUUAGGCAGUAUGAAAAGGAAAAUUUGUAAAUUUGUAAUUUUGUGGGGGCCAAACAUGUAAUGUAACUAUGUGAGAAAAGAAACAUUUGAAAUGGUGUAUAUAAUGUUUACAAUAUGUUUCUGACUGACAAGAAAAA